AUGUGGGGGCUGUUCCUCGCUACCUACAACAAGCGUCUUGUGCAGAAGACGCGCUGGGCCAAACGACUCAACGAGAAGCAGUUGAAGGCGAAGAAACUGGAAGCCGGCAACGAGACGCAGUCGAGCAAUAAGGACAAGGUCUCGAUCUCAAUGAAAAAGGCCCCUCCACUCAAGGCUUGCAGCAUUUACGUGCGUGGAAAGCUGGCCAUUUCGGCCGCAUGCUUAAACAAGAAGGAUGCCAGACGAGCAGCGAACGAGACGUGGCGCGACAUCCUGGAGGAGCUCAACAAGAUCAAGGGCUUGUCGAGGACUCGAGCCACCAGUUCGACAGCGGUUAACCAACCGCGUCCUGCAGCACCAAGUCAAGUGGAACGAAAGACCAGCCUCGUUGUUUGCAGUGACGACGAGACUGACGGAGAUGACGACGACGACGGAAACCUCUCUGACGACGGACCGUAG